AUGUCGUUUGGAGGACUGGGAAAGUCGGGCGGCUUGAGUAUCAACACGGGCGGUAGCUCUUCGCUUUUCGGCAGCUCGACCAGCGCCAGCCAGCCCCAGAGCAGUGGCGGCCUCUUUGGCGGCACCGCCUCGACCUCGCAACCUCAGAGCGGCGGCCUUUUCGGCUCUUCGACGAACAAUGCAGCCCCGGCGACUCAAGGCAGCAGCCUCUUUGGAGGCGCCCUUAACAAGCCCGCUACGCCGGCUGCCACCACUGGGGGUGGGCUCUUCGGCGGAGGCGCUGCGCCAGGGUCGACGCCCGCCUCGCAACCUCAGACCGGCUCCUCAUUGUUCGGCGGCGCGUUAGGCCAAAACCAGCAGCAAGGUCAGCAACAGCAAGGCCAGCAACAGCAGCAGGGCGGAGGUCUCUUUGGCAACACCGCCCAGGCAACGCAAACGCCCGCUCCAUCUUUGUUUGGAAGCAGCACCGCGCAGAACCAAAGCAAGCCUUCUCUAUUCGGGAGUACUACGACCGCCACACAACCUCAGCAACCCUCUCUCUUCGGCGGCUCCGCCAUGAACAACUCUCAACAGCCAGCGGGCGGCGGCAUGUUUGGCUCCACCCAGAACAAUGCUGGCAUGCAAGCAACCGUUCCGGGCGUCCGUAUCGACAUUAGUCAGGUCCGCGGAUCGACGCGCUUCUCCGACCUCCACGAAGAUAUGCAAAAGCAGAUCGAACAGAUGGAUUCGCUCAUCCAACAACAAAUCUCACAUCACGACCAAUGCCAGGCCUUCAUCGACGGCCGCUUGAAGGAAAAUAUUUCAUAUCUGCCCAACGAUGUCGAGUGGGUCAACGGCAAGUGCGAAGCCGUCGAGACCGCCCUGGACAACGACUCGCAGGCCAUUGCCCAGCUCAAGCAAACAAUCAAGAAGGAUGUCGAGAAUGCGCGCAUCAGCUUCCGCGUGCUUGAGAAUCUCAAGUUGCCCACUCAGUUCCACUAUGCCGGUUCAAUGUGGAGCGCUGCACCUGCUCCCGCCAAGUCAGCUUCGCCAGACGAUGCCUCAGCGGACGAAGGCAACACCGACCUCGUUUCUUUCUUCAGCAGCCAAACCGACGAGAUGGCCGAUACGCUGAAGCAACAAGCCCGCCUACUUACCGAGCUCGAGCAGCACCUGCGCACCGUCGAAGGAAAUGUGAUGCAGCAGUCUCAGGAACUUAUGGCGCGCCGGGGCGCUGGCACCGCCGAGGAGCACCACGAGAACAAGCUCAGGGAGUUGGCCCUCCUCUUCCAGGAGAUCCAGAAGGCUAUUCUCAACGAGGCACAGAACGUCGGAGACUGCAGGGAAAAGGUUAUCGAGGCGACUAUUGGUACUACGGGAAUGGGAAGAUGA